UCGCAUCGUCGCCCUCUCUCUUCCGGCCGGCCUCUAUAAAUCGAAGCGAUCCUCGCCAACUGCCACACACACGCUUCCAAAUCGUAGUACUAGCUAAGCCCUCAGCUGAGAUCGAUCGUUUCAGCUCUGCAAGCUUUCACAUUUCUCUCGUCUCGUCUCGUCUCGUCUCGUCAUCCAAGGUUCGAUCGAAUCGACCUGACCAUGGUUGCUGUGGAGGCAGCGGCGACGCCGAGCCGGCGGUUCGCGCUUCUGAUGGCGGCGCGCGACUCCGACUACGUGCUCAAGAAGUACGGCGGCUACCUCCACGUCUUCGUGGCGGCGUUCGGCGGCGCCGGCGAGGCGUGGGACCUGUACCGGGCCGUCGACGGGGAGCUCCCGGCGCCGGGGGACCUCGGGGCCUACGACGGCUUCGUGAUCAGCGGCAGCCCGCACGACGCGUACGGCGACGACCUGUGGAUCCUCCGCCUGUGCGCCCUCGUCCGGGAGCUCCACGCCAUGCGCAAGCGCGUCCUCGGCGUCUGCUUCGGCCACCAGCUGAUCUGCCGCGCGCUGGGCGGGCGCGUGGGCAGGGCCCGCGCCGGCUGGGACGUCGGCGUCAGGGAGGUGGCCAUCGCGGACGCCGCCGCGGCGCUGCCGCCGUGCCGGUUCCUCGACGCGCUGCGCGAGCGCGGCAAGCUGCCGCGCCGCGCCAAGAUCACCGAGGUCCACCAGGACGAGGUGUGGGAGGUGCCGGAGGGCGCGGAGGUGCUGGCCUCCUCCGACAAGACGGGCGUCGAGAUGUUCCGCGUCGGCGAGCACGUGCUGGGCAUCCAGGGCCACCCGGAGUACACCAAGGACAUCCUCCUCAGCCUCGUCGACCGCCUGCUCGCCGCUGGAUCCAUCACCGUGUCGUUCGCCGAGGCCGUGAGGAGGCAGCUGGAGGCCACGGCGCCGGACAGGGAGUUCUGGCUCAAGCUCUGCAAGAGCUUCCUCAAAGCUGAUGAAGAUCAGGUCUGCAAGUGAUUGGCAUCUACUUGAGUGGUGUUGUAACAGUAGAUGCAUGGGAUGCCCUGUUUUGGGAUCAAUUUGUUCUGAGCCCAGUUUAUGAUGAUAGAGUGCAUGCUAAUGUAAAUAAUACUAGGAAAUUUGGAAUAAACAAAGCCUCAGCGGACAGGUUAAUUUUCAAUAAGAGACUGGUUGGCGGGAGUA